GAGCGGGCGGACGGCGGCCGCGGGAGAUGUGCCCGGAGGAGGACGGCGGCUGCGGCGGCGGCGGUGGUGGCAGCGUAGCCGGCACCGGUGGCCCCGAGGCGGCGGCUGCUGUGGCGCUGGACGAGCUCCGCUCCUGGUGGGAAGUCCCGGCCAUCGCGCACUUUUGCUCGCUCUUCCGCACCGCCUUCCGCUUGCCCGACUUCGAGAUCGAGGAACUGGAAGCUGCUCUUCACGGGGAUGAUGUGGAGUUUAUCAGCGACCUGAUCGCUUGCCUUCUUCAAGGUUGCUAUCAGCGCAGAGACAUCACAUCCCAGACGUUUCACAGCUACCUGGAGGACAUCAUCAACUACCGCUGGGAGCUGGAGGAAGGGAAGCCCAACCCUCUGAGGGAGUGCACUUUCCAGGAGCUGCCCCUGCGCACGCGGGUGGAGAUCCUGCACCGCCUCUGCGACUACCGCCUCGACGCCGACGAUGUCUUCGACCUCCUCAAGGGCUUGGACGCCGACAGCCUCCGCGUGGAGCCGCUGGGCGAGGACAGCAGCGGCGCCCUGUACUGGUACUUCUACGGCACCAGGAUGUACAAGGAGGAGCCGGUGCAGGGCAAACCCAAUGGGGAGCUGGCUGCAGACAGGGGAUGUGGGGGGCAGACAAACACCCCAAACGUUCCUGGGAAAACAGGCAAGAGACGAGGGCGACCUCCGAAGCGGAAAAAACUACUGGAGGAAAAUUUGCUGAGGGAGAAGGCAGAAGAAAGCUUGCUUAUCCACGAGACUCAGAUAAGAAAUGGGUCCCAGGGGCCUGGCCGUGGGACAUGGUGGUUGCUGUGCCAGACGGAAGAGGAGUGGAGGCAGGUCACAGAGAGCUUCAGAGAGAGGACUUCCCUUAGAGAGAGGCAGCUCUACAAACUCUUGAGUGAAGACUUCCUGCCGGAGAUCUGCAACAUGAUUGCACAGAAGGAGAAGCGUCUGCAGCGGACAGAGUUUUCUCCCAGGUGGAUGUCUGACCAUCAGCCCGUCAAACCAAUCAAGCAGGAGGUAAACCCAAAUGUGCUGAGCUCAAUGGAGAAGCAGAGGCGCAGAGAGGAAGAGGAGGAGCGCCAGAUCCUUAUAGCAGUGCAGAAGAGGGAGCAGGAACAGCUGCUCAAGGAGGAGAGGAAGAGGGAGAUGGAGGAGAAGGUCAAAGCAGUGGAAGAGCGGGCCAGGAGGAGGAAACUUCGCGAAGAGCGGGCGUGGCUGCUGGCACAGGGGAAGGAGCUGCCCCCUGAGCUUUCCCACCUGGAUCCCAGCUCCCCUGGCAGGGAGGAGAGAAGGACCAAGGACAUCUUUGAACUGGACGAUGAGUUCACAGCCAUGUACAAAGUUCUAGAUGUGGUGAAGGCUCACAAGGACUCUUGGCCCUUCUUGGAGCCCGUUGAUGAGUCGUAUGCUCCCAACUACUACCAGAUCAUUAAGGCCCCCAUGGAUAUCUCCAGCAUGGAGAAGAAGCUGAAUGGAGGUCAGUACUGCACCAAGGAUGAAUUUGUGGGUGAUAUGAAGACCAUGUUCAGGAACUGUCUGAAGUACAACGGAGAAGGCAGUGAAUAUACAAAGAUGGCUUACAACUUGGAGAGGUGUUUCCACCGAGCAAUGAUGAAGCACUUCCCUGGGGAAGAUGGAGACACAGAUGAGGAGUUUUGGAUCAGAGAGGACGGGAGAAGAGAGAAGAGGAGCCGGCGGUCCGGCCGCUCCGGCACAGGCAGCGUCUGGACUCGAUCACGAGACCCCGAUGGGCCCGGCAAGAGACAGCAACGCCUGGAAAAUGGAGGAAAACCUCCUCCAUAUCGAGCUGCUUCCAGGGCUCCCGCUUCUUCCUCCUCUUCCUCCUCCUCCUCCUUCUCCUCGUCCUCUGUGGAUGACCCAAGUGGCAACGCCAUGCAGGCUGCUCGAGAGGUGGGCCCUUCCAACGGGCGAGGCUUCCCACGCUCCCUGCAGUACGGCGGCAUGCCCAGCCCUGUGCCACAUCCUGCACAGAUGAGACCAGCAGUGCCAGGAACCUUCGGCCCUUUGCAUGGAUCCAAUCCCACCAAACUGUACGGCUCUCCACGAGUGCCCGAGCCCCAUCCUGGAGAGCCGGUGCAGCAGCACCAGCACUUUGCCAUGCAGCUGGCCCACGCUGCCUCUGCCAGCAGCCAGCCCCCCAAAGCCAUGGGCAACGGGGGCUCACAGGAUCCAACCGGCCACACCAUGGACAUGGACAGCAACCAAGUGGACUCGCUGGCAGGCAUGGACGAGAAGGCUCAGUGCAUCAUUCCCGACGGGGCCUACGGCAAACUACUACCUCACCCCAAGCCCCCGCUGCCCCUGGAGUGCACGAGGCGCGCCGUGCCCCCGGAUGGGGAGGGGGAUGGCACCGCUGGGAAGGGCGACCUGAAGGCAGGGCAGGGCAAAGGCGCGUGGUCAGCAGAGAGCGGCUACGCCGGCGACCCGGGCUGCGUGAGGGACCUGGGGCCCGCCUCCGAAAGAGGGGGUGCCCUGCCUCAGAACGGGGCGGCGGGCGAGGGGCCGGCAGCCGGCCCUGAGGGGAAGGGGCUGGCUGCCAACCUGCUGGAGAAGCCCCUGUGUGGCGGGGGAAAGGCUCUGCCCGAAGCAGCCGUGCCCUGCAUGGGACAGGGCAGCGGCCUCCCUGGCGCGGACGCCACCUCCAUGGGGGCCACCCCCAACCAGUUUCAUCCUCUCUACAUGUCCGGCCUGGAGUACCCGAAUUCAGCGGGGCGGUACCACAUCAACCCCGGCCUGCAGGGGUUCAGCCCCGUCAUGGGGGGGAAGCCGCCUCCUCCUGCCUCCCACCCCCAGCAUUUCCCCCCACGGGGUUUCCAGCCCAGCGGCGCUCAUCCCGGCGUCUUCCCGCGGUACCGGCCGCCCCAGGGAAUGCCGUAUCCCUACCAGCCGCAGCCCCAGCCCUCCUACCACCACUACCAGCGACCGCCCUACUACGGCUGCCCGCAGGGCUACUCGGACUGGCAGAGACCUCUCCACGCCCAGGCCAGUCCCAGCGGGCACCCCAGUGCCCAUCCAUCCCUGGGCAGGGCCCCAUUCCCGGAGCGGGGCCUGCAGGGCUGCGAGGCGCUGAGCGCCGCCAUGGCCUCUCCCAACCGCGUGGACGCAGCCGGUGCCAAAGAGGUUUCUCCGAGCGACGGGCAGGAGCUGGGGCCUGAAGAUGAGAAGUCCGAGGAGUCCCAGGAAAGAGCGGAGAGUCCCAAAGAGUUUCUCGAUUUGGACAACCACAACGCAGCCACUAAGAGGCAGAGCUCGGUGGCAGCGGGGGAGUUCCUGUACGGAGCCCCCCCGCCACACCUGGCUGCGGGGAUGGGAUUUGGCCCAUCAGCUUUCCCUCCCCAUGGGGUGAUGCUACAGACUGGCUCUCCUUAUGGAUCCCGGCAUCCUGCCAGCCACUUCCAGCCCAGGACCUAUGGAGCGCCCAUGAAUGCUCACCUGUCCCACCAUGCAGCCUCCGGCCAGGCCAACGGCCUCUCUCAGGAGGGCCCCCUGUACCGCUGCCGAGAGGAGAACGUGGGUCACUUUCAGGCCUUGCUGAUGGAUCAGAGAGGCAGUGCAGGUGGCAUGGGGGGGCCACCCCAGGACUUGUAUAGACCCUCGGGAAUGCAAAUGCAUCAGGCUCAAGUUGCUUUCCCGAAGAUGCCUACAGCAACCAUGGCCCGGGAAGAUUUGACAUCACAAAAACCAUCAGCAUUGCCUCUGGAUCAAAGCUAGUCCAAGAAAGGAUCAGACUUCAUGAAGAUGAAAGCCACACGUGAUUUGGACAAGGGAGAGGAGGGGCAGGCCCUGCUCCCACCCUCCCCUCACCCACGGAGCUUCCCGGGUCUGCGGAGACGGCGCCGUGCCAGAUUUUGGGCUGGAAACCCACAGAGGUGCUGGGCCCAGCCAGCCGAGCAGCUGGAUCACCACACAGGGCACCCCAAACUAGUGGCUUUCUGUGACAGGAGACUGUGUCUCAUUCAGGGUUUGAGGGGUUUUUUGGGUGGGGAGGGCGGGGUGGGGGUGGAAACUUUCAUUGACUGCUAAACUCAGGUAUAUUUUUCAGGGUGGAAGAGGAUGAUGAUGGAAUUUUACUUGUAGUAUUAAUGUGUGUGUUUUGGAGCUGGAUCCAGUUUACAGAAUUUAACCUGUUGCCUUUCUAAAUAAAUUUCUGUUGUUGGUGAAUGUAUUGUACAUAAUGGGGGAGGGGGUGGGCCCAGCUUGUAGUGGGCUUAGCACUGGAGGAAUUGUAAACUGUUUACAAUCAUAUCACACUGAAAUCUUUCAGGAUAGGGUGAGGGUUUGGGGGGAGUGGGAAGAGGUGAGGGAAUGUGUGAUGGAUGACUUGCUGUCCUCCUUCCUGUCCUCUGCAACCAAGACAUGACCCCAUGGCUGGUUGGCUUAAUAGCAGGAAUUGCUCAGGAGCAUAACAUGUCCUCCUCUUUCUCUUGUCCUCUUCCUCCUUCCCCUCUCACCCCCAUCUCCACCCCUCUGGAUCCAGGGCUUGAGUGCACUUCCAGCUCCUGUCAUCAUGGGGGAACAAGGAAACCAGGACCAGGAAUUGAAACCAGGGCAGGACACCCAUGGCAUUGUCCCUUCUGCUAGUGUAGUACCCUUCUCCCUGCCUUUCUGAUAGAAGAAAUAUGUGCUCUAGAAAACAGAAAAAGGCAUAACUGGUUAAAACUUAAAACUUAUUUUGGUGAAACCAGUGUAGUUGCAGGUGGAGCAGCACCUAUCCAGUAGAACAAUUUUGUGCUAAUCUGUACUGCCCUGCUGCCCAAGAAGAGUCCCCACCUCUUUCUCUGACCCUGGGCUAAAUUCACUUCUUAGCAGCAGUGGAGCAUAAAGUGCCACAGGCUUCCUGAGCACUUCUGCUGAGGAGGAGAAGAGCAAGAGGCUGCCUUGGGGGAAUGGCAGGGUUACUGCAGUGUGAGCCAUUUGUUGGAUUUGGCAUUUGCAGUUGCAGGUGAAUUGGGAAGCACUCAAGCUGCUGUUGUGAGGACAGAUGGUUUCUGUUAGAAAAGUACUUGUAAAGAAUACAAGGAGCUAUGGCUGGGCUUUCCUGAGGACAGGACAUUUUGAGGUGGAGACAUGCUGCUGGAGUCUUAGAUCAGAGUUUUCAGAUUUUCAAAUGCUUUGUUCAUAAAUAAGGGUUGGGGGUUUUUCUUUUCCUCUUGCAAUACCUAGGGAUCCCCUGAAAAUCAGAGCCUAAUCUCGCUAGGUACAAUCUGAGCAAAUCACUGAAAACUGACUCCCCUCAGAGGGAACAGCCCUGGGAGAGGAUUGCUGGGCUGGAAUACCUGAGAAAAUGUAAGGAGGAACAGAUAAUGUGAAUUUUAUGAUUUCCAUACCAUGCUGCUUUGUAGAUAUUGUGGAAGAUAGGUUUGAUGGGUUUAGAAGAGUAGCAUUCAGCUGUUUAUGUACAGAGUGGUGUUUUGUGCCACAGGUUGGAUUGCAGUGCAGGAGAAGUGUAGCUGCACUUUAAAAUAACAUGGCUUUUGAGUGCUAUACUUGUGCCACUAUCCUAAAUUCUGAACACAAUACAGAGAAGCUGCAGAGCAUUCCCCAGCGUUGUUGGAGUACAGUAUAUUACCAGGUGGUCCUUUUUCAGAAAGCAUCCUGAACUAGUGACUUAGCAAAAUUACAAAAAAAGUAAUAGCUAUUACUUUUCCCAUCUGGAGGAUAUGUUUUGCUGUAAUUACAGAUUUCAUGUUAAAUGAGAUUAUAUAAUACAUAGAACAAUUAUGAACUUGACCAUGCUCAAGCACAACAAAAAUUUCCAAUGUUCUCAGAUGAUCUUUGUGUGCUACUCUACCUUUUUAGCCUCUUGCUCUCCCCCUACCACUUCCUCCUUUUUAAAUGGUGUGUGGUGUUCCCAAGCUCCCUGGAUGUCAAGUUGCCUUUGCAAAGGCUGUUUUAUAAAAUCCCCCUGAGACUCUGAAUCUUUGGGCAUCUUAGGUGAUACAGGCCCUGACAAUUCAACUGGAAAGGGCAGUCACUGAGGCUCCACUGUGACUUUUAGCAAACUUAUAAGUUUUCAGUCUAUAAAUUCCAUGGUGUGACCCACCAAACCACUCAGGCACCAGCCUGCAAUGAGGAGGACAAAAGCGAAAAGCAAAUUUGAAGCUUCAAGGGCCAACUAGUUUGAUUUGUGACUUUGAGGAGACACUUUUCUUGGAAGCUUCUGAUUCUUUCUUGUCUGCCAAAUGCCUUUCCCAUGCAGACUUUCCGAAGCAAGUCGCCUGUGUAUAUUUUUGUAAGUGUGGUUUCUCAGGGUCUUGGAGAGCUAUCAGCUUGAUGAUGUCUUAUCUGAAAGCAAGUCACAGAGACUGUCUUUCAUUCUGCUGACUGAGGCAGCUCCCCUGCAGGUUCUCACCCCAACACUUCUCCAUUUAAAAUGAAAGUAUAAUUAGAAAACAACCUUUCUUUAUUUUCUCCACUGAUCCCUGUCAGGUUUUUGUUCAUCUCUCUGUUCAACCAAGGUGGUUUCUUUGUUCUUGGUGGCUUCAUUCUGUGUUGUGGUGUGUUGCAAAUUCUGCUUUCCUUUUCUGCAAAGACUGUGUUGCUGUAUGCUCUGUGGAAUUUCAGAGAAGGUGCUGAAAUGAGUGACAGGGAAGUGUCAUCCCAAAGGAUGGCUUGGAGAGGACCAGCAGUGCAAUCUGUGAUGGUGUAGUUGGUCCUGGUUCCCCUUGCUGCAGAGCAGCCAUGCAACUGGGUUUGUACUUAAUCAGAGCAACCCCUUAAAAAGUUUUUAUUGUGGUGCAUCAGAGGAGGAACGGAGGAGUUUGCUCUUGCAGAAUUCCUGUUUUGCUUUAAGGCGGGUGCUGGCGUUUGCAGAGCAGUUGUGUGAGGGCCAGGACCGAGACAGGCUGUGCAAGGAGGGUUGCAGCCCCUGUGAGCUUUAGGAGCCUGUGCUUAUUGUGAGGGAGAGAACAUCUCAGAGGUUGCCAUUGCAGCCUCUGCCCAUCUGUACCUGUUUAACGUGGUGGGGGUGAGCACACUGCCAAGGAGAACCCUUCUAACCAGCACAUACUGAACUGCUCCUGCUGGUUUUCACUGCCCACCUCCCACUCAGACAGAGAGCUGGGGAGGGACACAUUUCCAGCUGUCUCCCAAGAGGAGCUCCUAGGGACAAGCAGGGCAAGGCUCAUUCCACCCCUAGGCAGGGAAAUUCAGGACAGGGUUUAAUGGAUUUGAAACUAGAUGGGAACAUCCAAGUGUACCUUUGAAGUGAGUUGUUCUGUGCCCUUCCCUUUUUCAUCACUGUCUCACCUUGGCUGACAUGCAGGAUUUGAGAGACCAUGGAGCCAUUUACCAAUCUACCAUUUUGUAGAUUUAACCCUGCUGGUCUUGCCUUGACUGAGGGCUUUUUCCUUCAUUUACAGCCAUGCCCUAGAUUUCUUUUGGCAAAGGUUUUCCUCUUUUUGAUACAUGGAUAUCAAAGUGAACAGCGCAUCCAGGACAGAGCUAUGUCCACCAGGGAAAGAGGUGACAAAGCAUUAAUUGGGACUGAGGCUUAAUUGGGAUUUUCACCAACUCCAGCAAAUCCCUCUGUCCUUUGCCCUUUUUAUUUGGAAACACUCACUAAGCGUAAGGGCAGUAAGUGGAAUAUCUUCUAACUAACAGCAGCACUGACUCUGUGUGAGCACAAUUCCCUUGUGAACAAGGUCAGACCAGAGAGCCACUGGGGACCCCUUUGGGCACCAAAUGAGUAGGAGACCUGCAGGCACCUGGUGCACUCAAACCCUGCCACACGCCAGGGGAGCAGUCUCCCUUUCCAAAGCCAGCCAGGCAGCUCCAGGAGCCCAGGCCUCAACUCCUAGUCUGGAAAUCCUGAUUCCCUUCUGUAUCAUAUGCCAGCCCUUCCCCUCUCCUUGUUUCCCAGCUCCCAAGCCUCUUUCCCUCUGCUGGCUGCCCUGCAGUCUGUGGCUGUUGAGGGCAGAGAUGAAAGCUCCCUGCCCACACCAGCACAAGGGCACAGGGCUGGCCCUGCCUCCUGCACACACACAGGCAGCAGCUGAGGAGGGCACAUUUACCCUCCUCAUGAAAUCAGGGUGUCCUCAGUGGCCCAUGAGUGUUCUCUCUGUGCCCCUGGCUUUGCCACCCAGGCACAGCAGUCUGCCCAUCUGCCACUACAGGGGUUUGCUCCUCCCACACGUGAUGCUGCCAUGUCUACCUCCAGGAGGGUUUAGGUUAAAAAUGCCUGGGCAUAUACUGGUACAGCUGUGGAAACUCCUGUCUCUCCUCCUUGAUGGAUCAGUGAAUGCUGCUGCCUGAUCUUUUUCUGAGCAAUAAUAACAUGCAGCAGUGCAGCUUUGACCUUCCUGUUCUGUUUUAGGACUAAGAUGGCUAUGGAACACUCUGGGGGGCUUUCACAGUCUCAGUGGGAAGCAAGGUGCUCUUUGUGGCCUCACGUCUUAUCAUGCCAUGUUCCUGCUUUCCCAGAGACUGGUGGGUUGAUUUUGGUAGCCAUAAGAGAGCUGGUUGCUGCUUCUGUGUUUGGGAAGGCAGAGAGGAAGGGAGCAUUUGGGUAAAGUUGAGCCUCAUCCAUCCACAGGGCAGAGCACAUGGAAAAGGGGUGGGUGGACCACUGGUUUAAUGCCUCUGGGGGAGAAGAGUGACCCCCUGCUUCCCUUGGCAUUGCUGGGGAGGGACUGGGGGAGCCUAGGCCACUACAUCCAUUCAUUUCUCUGAAGCUGGGUAACAUUGGGGUUGUUUUUGUAUUAUUGUAAGUUUGUAAAGAAUGUAAUCUGUCUGUCAGGGGCACAAGGAGAAAACGGGGGCCUUUCUCUUUUUGCGUGAGGCUGUUCUUAUGUUGCUGUGCUUUUUGUUGUUGGGCAGGGAGGGGUCUGGUGGCCAUGGGGGCAAAGCCUGGCCCUUGUCAAGGGCAAGCUGUGCCAGGGUGACAGGAGGGUGAGCUGAGGCUGCUGCAGAGACCUCCCACACCAAGCUGUGAAAAUGCUCUGCCUGCGUCCCUCAGUGGGGGAAACCCGGCCUCUGCACUGGGGCUCUGCACUGGCGUGUUCUGUUGGGUGUGCUGGGAUGCAGCACUCCAGGACUGGGCUUGCCUGUCCUCAGCUCCGUUGGAAACUGGGCUGAGCAGCUGCCCAUGCUGUUCAGGAAAGGUUGGACUGGAUGGGCUCAGUUGAUCAGCUCGAGAAGGAGUUCAUGCUGGAGCUGCUCAUCCCAGCCCUUCUGUCCCCAGCAGGGCCUCAGGGGCUGCACCUCUCCAUCCCCUGUUGCCCAGAGCCCUGUCCUUCCUCCCCAUCCCGUAGAGCACAGUGUCAGGGAUCCUCUUCUCUCUCCUGCUGCUGCAAAGUCGUGUGAACUUUCCUGGUCAAUACUGGAAAGGGGAAUGCUAUUUAUUUUUAUAUUGUGUAUAUUUUGUCUUGGUCUGCUGAUUACCUUUGUUCCCCAAGAGCGACAGUUACCUCAAUAGUUAGUUUAAUACUGUGUGUUGGGUAAUUUUUUUAAAGAACUUUUUUAAAAUUUUGAUCCUUGGAGGUCUGUAGAUUUUAUUUCCAUAUGAAUUGGUUAUUUUGUAUAAAGUACAUUCUUAAAAUAGCAACCACCCUUGCUGUAUGUGUGUUUUCUUGUCUCCUGGAUGGGGGUGGGAGGAUAACACAGAGGGCCUUUUUUCAGAGAGACAAAGCCCUGGACUGCGGUCAGGCACCGUUGUACACCUGAAAUCCAUUUACAAGAGAGCACCUGGAAAGCCAAUCGGGAUCAUUUCCCAUUCAGGAGCACAGCUGCCCUUGAACAGCCCAGCUGUGCAAAUGAGAUGCUGUCACUGCUUUCCCCACCAAGUCCUUGGUGGGCUGAGGGUUUUCCUGCAGCCCAGAUGUGCAGGGAAGCCUCCUCUCACCCCAAAACACACCAUGCUUUUGGGGCACAGGUGGUCUGUGCCCCCACACCCAGGUGCAACCUCUCUGCUGUAAAAGUGGUGACUGCCCUGAAUGGAGCCCAUGGGGUGAUACUGCUGAGGAGGAGCUGAUGUAACCUCUGUGACUCCUCUUUGUGCAGGUCACUGAUGCCCUCAGGGGCUGUUAGAGGAAUGGAAAGCCUUUGGAGCCUGUGUGUGGUGGUCCAAAUGAAUACUGGGCCCCAAAGGGCACUUGCUGUUUGCUGUUUAUUCAAUC